GGAGGGUUCUUCCUGCUAAGAAAGCUGGCUGUGCUGAAGAGGCAGCUAAGAGCCUCUGGCCUUCCAGGAUUUCUCCCCCCGUCUGAGUUCUCUGCCCUGGGCUGCAGCUCUCUUCCCCCCAGGGUAACCCCUGCUCUCACAAGGUCAUUCAGGGGCGUUCUUCCCAUACAGGGCUGCUAGUCUAGUAACACAGCUGUGCGCUGGGGCAAGAGAGCUUUGCAUGGCAGGAACAUUCUUUCCUGCCCCCAGCUACUGGUUUGGGGGCAUCUCAGGCUACUGGGCAGCUGACCCCCACCACAGCUAGCUCUAGCAGCAAGGCCCACCUCUGCAGUUCCCUGUUUCAGGGACUCUCACUUAUUGCCAUGGCCACCAUCUGUCUCUCAAGCACUCCCUUUGGUGCUCUUUCCCCUGGGAAAUGCAGGGCUCAAUCAUGCCCACGUGCUGCUCAGCUGGCAUCUGCCUUGCCCACAGCUGGGACUGUUGGUGGUUGGUUCAGGCUGUUUAAUUUCCUGCAGCUCUCCUGUGGGUAUUGUAUGCCACAGUUUGUACAUUGCUUUUCUAGCAGCUAAUGUACACUAAAAGGGCGUGCUGAGCAGCUGCCAGCUGGGGGGGGCAGGGGCUGGAAAGCAAUGCUGAGGAGGCUGGCCAAUGCGGGGAGUGCAGACAAAUCAAUUCAACAAACAUUUACCUAUGUGCAAAGCUUAAUGGCUGGGGCCCAGCUGAGCCCUAGAGCAACCCAAGAAAUGGAGGUGGUUAGUAUCUUUGCUGACUGAGGAAUGGUAGAGGGAAAUGCAGCACUGUUCUGCCAGAACUAUGCACAGAGCAGCUGGGGGGGCAGACUCCCAUUCACAGCUACAGCCUGUCUGGCCCUGGAGUGUGAGGUGUGUUCUAGUCCCGGGUUUCCCAGGCCCAGCUCUGAUGAUGCAGUCUCAGUCAUGCCCAACCACCCUGCUGCUCUUCCAGGCCUGCCCUGCCAAUGCCCCUUUGUUCUCUCUCUAGGGAAUACCCUGACAAGAGAGGAACUGUGGGUUUGUUGCAGUCUGAGCAGCUCCCAUAAGUCUCUCACUGAGCUCAGUUUAUCAUAACCAUCUUAUAGUCUUACCAGCUCUUCCCUUUGUGGCAACUUUCACCUAACAGGAGACCUUGAGUAGUUCCCCACUGGUUAUCAACAUUCAGAAUGACACCUCAGCACGAAGUUGUUUCACAGAGGGGGGCACAGAAUAGCGGCUGAACUGGGUGAGGAUAAUGCUCUUACUUAAACUGGCCUCAGGGCCCCUGACACUACAGUGGUGAGCGUGCAACAUGUACAGCUUGGACUUCUCACAGGAGUGCUUGAAGCAGAAGCAGCUGUAUUCCCUGCAGGGCUAUCAGAUUGACCAGCAAGAGAAAACCUGGGCCUCACGGCUGUUCCAACACAGGCCGGCCAGUUUGGAUAGUAUCAUUCAUGCAGUAUACUUCAAGUACUAGAUGGCGGGAGGCAGACACAGCAUGUGGUCCAGCUUGCGGCAGCAUGGAGCCAGGGGCUGAGGAAUAUGCGCCAUUCAGUCCAGAGGCUUCUAGUGAAGGGAGAGAAAAGAGGAUUUCACCCAGCUUAGGCCGACAUCUACAGUGAGAUAGAUGGAGCUAGGGAAACUGCAGAGAAGAUGCACAUUGUGGGAAGUGGUGAGGCUUGUGGGAAGAGAGAAAGGCUUUGAGGCAAACAUUUAGGGAGUUAAACAUGAGGGCAAUUCUGAACUCUAUCAGAAUGGUGGGGGAUCCAGUGGAGACUACACAGCAUGAGUUGUGCAUUUGUGACUGCCAAUGCCACACUUACCUAGACACACUUUUCCCCCAGCUGGAGUGCCAGCCUGAGGGGAGCCCAGGAGGAUGCUUAGGUUAGGUAUGGAGGUAAUGGAUUGCUCUGUGUCAGGAAGAUCUUCUGGAUCCUGGGCUGCAUGUGAUGAGCAGAGGUCUAAGAGCUGCUCCUGCAGGAGAUACCCUUUUUAAAUUAGCUUAGGGGGCUGGCUCUGUGCUGGGUCCUGCCCUCAGAGGGAGGCUCUCAAAGCCUCCGUGGGCUGCUGUGAUCCAGCUAUGUUGCCAUCACAGUUACAUUCAAAGGGGAUACUAUUGUUCAGAUAUUAUAUAGUUGCCCUAACACUUGCAUCAUCCCCUGCUUGCUACUUGGUGCCAUGCUCCUCUACCUCCAGGCCUCACCUUCUGCUAGUGUCUCCUGAUGUGUUACCCAGCACUCCUGCUACCAGUGCAGGUGAUACCUCAUGUGUUUGCUCCUUUUGUGAUGUCACUGUAGGGCCUCAUGAUGUCAUUAUGUUCUAUCAAAGACAACCAAUGAAAGAAAAGGAGGAUAGGUUGAGUCCAGCCUGCUUCUGCACAGACACAGCAUAGUUGGGCUGGGAUCCAUGAACUUGCACCUGCUGCUGCCACUCCUGCUGGGGGCUGUGCUCCCUGUGCCACUUUCCCAAAGGCUCAGCAGCUCAGUCCCUGAGGAUUUCUCUGCUCCCCUGGAGCUCCCACAGCAGCACUUCGGCCUUGUGGAUGAUUAUGGCAUUAAGCCGAAGCACCCCCAGUUCCAGACUCGAGCACCCUGGAAGCAGCCUGCAGGCCUGCACCAAGCACACAAGAGCAAGCGGGAUGAGUCAGAUUUGGCAGAGUAUUAUUAUGACAAUGCCCUGUGAGCUGCCCAGGCACUUGUUGCAGUGGGAUCUCCACGAGCCCCAUGGGCAGCUCUGACCCUGUGCACUAGCUGCUUUAUAAAGGUGUGCUGUAUAGCAAGGCAGACUGAGGGUCUGCUCAGCGAUGUCUGUUGGGGUCGGGGUGAGGAAGGUGAAGGCAGAGGGCUGCCACUGCUCCAGACUACUGCCCUCACUCCCAUGGAUGUUUCUUCAGAUGCUGGAAACAGUGUAACUGAAAAUGAAGCCCCUAAAAUUACUCCUACUCUCUAAUGCAGGCAACCUGUCUCUGCGUGAGUGUCGAGGUAGGGAUCCCAGGCACAGAGAAUUGAGAUCAUUUGUCUAUAGAAAGCCAUUCUGUGCAGCCCCCCGGGCUUGAGGGGCUGGGUGGGACUCUCUGAGGGGUGAAGAGACCCCUGGAAAGGAGAAAAUGGGGUGGGGGCGGGAUGUCCAUGUAGCAAGGCUGUGACAGAGGAGCUGCAGGCCUUGCCCAGGGCUCUGGUGUGACACACAGAGACAUAUAGAACAGCUCCAUGAAACUUUAUGUUUAAUAGUUUUGCCACCACAGCAAAUCCAGCUGAAGGCCAGAGACCUUGACUGGAGGGGAGAAGUGUCAUCCCCUAGAUAUUAGCACAGCUCCCUGCAGUCCUGAGCCCCUUGCUGCUCCCUCUCUUCUCAGGGCCCCAGCUCAUGUCUCAGGUUCCUGCUGCCUCUCCCCCUCAGUGGAGCCACUGCCAUCGUGGAAGCUGGGAAGGAAUUCAUGUUGUGCUCAUCCCACUGCAGAUGGACCAGAGCCGCUUCCUCUCAGCAUCUCAUACUUUCUCAUGUGCAUCCCAGUAUGCAAAUAGCCCACAGCCACUGGCACCCUGAGGAGCAGAGGAGUCCCCCCAACCUAGAGACUGAAGGGCAGGGGGCCCUAGAGGAACUGUCCCCCUCCCACCCUUACAGGAUGGGAGGUCACUGACUCUUCUGCUCCCUGCUCCUUCUCCUCACACUCACUCCUCUACAGGGAGGAGAAAUAGGGCCCCAGAGUCUCAGCCCAGGCUAAUAUUCACCCCUGGAAAGCAGGCGGUUCUCUCAGGAUGUCUGGGUGCAAAUGGCAGGGAGGCUACAAACCAGGCUGCUCUUCCCUUCUGGGAUGAGCACGGGGUGAGUCCAUCUUCCAUGUGGUACCCAUCAAGUGGUUCCAAGGCUUUUAGCAGUUACCCCUCUCUGCCAUGCCCAUGCCCCCCUGCCCCUCAGGGGGUGGGGCAGAGCUACCCACUUCCUCCUCAGUCAGGAACAGGUCAGCCCAAGCCCUAUCAGCUCCUGUUCUCAGCACCCGAUGUGGCUUCACAGUGCGAGGCCAAUGCUACCCUGGAG